AAGCCGAAGACUAUAAUGUGACAAUCAAAGUAGGACAAGGCGAUUAUAUUAAAACGUUUUUAGCACACUCGGUGAUUCUACGAGCGAGAUCCCAAUAUUUCAAAAUUGCUCUUUCUCGAUCGUGGGCUCGUCAAUCGGAUGUAAUUAUUGCAAUGGAAAAACCAAAUAUACGACCAAAAGUAUUUGAAAAAAUUAUUUGCGCACAAAUUGACGACGGUCCGAUUAAUGAAAAUGUUGAAAUCUGGAAUUCCGAAGACUUGCGAAAAUUCAGAGAUAUUGUGCAAGACUACAUUCCACAUAUCCGCUUUAUUGCAAGUGAAGAUUAUUAUUUUAGAAUACAUCCUUUUAAAAAGAUCCUUCCUUCACAGCUUAAAAAGGAUUUAAUAGCUCAUCAUCUUGCUCCAAAUGCAAAAGUUCAUUCAGAAAUUUUGCCUCCUCGUCUCGGAAUACCACCGCCUUCUUAUUUAAGAUAUCCUACACCUCCAUAUAGUAAUUUCUAUGAUUUGUAA